AUGGAGCCGCCACCAGCUCAGAGUCGGUGGUCUCGCUGGAGACGGCGCCAUUUGCUAACCGGAUCGUUACUGUUGCUGUUUUGUCUGUUGCUAACGUUCGAUCCCGCGCCCGUGGCCGCCGACCCGGACGAGGACAUACCCCACAACGAGGUGCGAAACUGGGCCAUCCGGUUCGGCGUCGAUCUGUGGGAGUUUGGCCGGCAGUUCACCAAGGCGGUCGACAUCAAAAACCGCUUCAAGGACUCCGACGUGGACGUAACGCGAAAGGAUGGCAUUCUACUGCUGCGCGAGCUGGCGUCGGAAGUGAAGAACUUUAUGGAUUUCAAAAUGAACGCCGUAAUGCGAAUAAUGGACUCGGCCGAACAGGCGGCCCUGUCCGAGUCGGACCCGGAGUCGGCCGCGUCCAAGUCGCACACCGGCGGCGGGUUCUAUGACGCGCGGCGGAUCAACGAGUAUCAGUCGGAUGGGCGGCUGGCCGAAGGCUCCCGGCAGAUGCUGCUGCGCCACAUGCGCCGCUUCGAGGGCUACCCGGUCAACAUUAGCCUCAGCUCGGUGCUGCUGCCGGCCGGCGUCGGCCUGGACGAGCCGGAAACGCAGGCCGCCAUCAAGUGGUCCUCGCACCUGGACCCGCUCUUCGCGAACAACAUCGAGCGCGACUCGGCCCUGUCGUGGCAGUACUUCGGCAGCAGCACCGGCUUCCUGAGGCGCUUCCCCGGCACCGCCUGGCCACCGGAGACCUCGUACGGGAGUAAGGAAAUUAACGACUUCCGCUCGGAGGAUUGGUUCAUCCAGGCGGCCUCCUCGCCGAAGGACGUGGUAAUCCUGCUCGAUUCGUCCGGCUCGAUGAGUGGCAAGGAGUACCAGCUGGCGGUGGCCACCGCCAGCGCCAUCCUCGAUACGCUCGGUGACGACGAUUUCUUCAACCUGAUCUCCUUCGCCGACCAGGCUCGGGUGAUUGUGCCCUGCUUCCAGGACAAGAUGGUACGCGCCACACCGGAUAACGUGAAGGAGGUGAAGACGGCCAUCAACGCGGUCGACUGUGAGAACACGGCCAACUUCUCGGCCGCCCUCGAGAGUGCCUUCGAGCUGCUGCGGAAGUACAACCAGAGCUCGCAGGGCGCCCAGUGCAAUCAGGCCAUCAUGCUCAUCACGGACGGGCCGAGCGAUACGUUCCUUGACGUCAUCAAGCACUACAACCAUCCGCACAUGCCGGUGCGCAUCUUCACGUACCUGAUCGGCACGGACAAGAGCGGCGGUAAGAACCUGUACCGGAUGGCGUGCGAGAAUAAAGGGUUCUUCGUCCAGGUGAAUGGCGCCGAGGAAGCCCGCAAGAAGGUGGUCGAGUACGCCCUGGUGAUGGCCCGUCCGAUGGUGCUCUACCAGGCGGAUCACCCGGUCCACUGGAGUCCUGUCUUUACCGGAGGUCGGAGCGGGGUGCUGGGUCGGGAGAGCGAAAAUCGGCGCAAGCUCGUCACGACCGUAUCAACGCCGGUGUUCGACCGACGGAACCACUCGGUCCGGGCGGCCAACCUGCUCGGUGUCGUCGGCACGGACGUGCCGAUCGAGGAGAUCCAGAAGAUGAUCCCACAGCACAAGCUCGGCGUCAACGGGUACUCGUUCAUCGUGGACAACAACGGGCGUGUCCUGUACCAUCCGGAUUUGCGGCCGAUGAGCGAUGGCGACCAGUACAGUGCCACGCUGAAGCAUCGCUACAACUCGGUCGACUUGACCGAGGUCGAGCUGCCCGAGGUGGACAAUCCGGGCUUCGGGAAUAGCGAGCGGCACGACCAGCGCUUCGCCAACACGCUCCAGGAGCUGCGCAACGAGAUGGUGAUGCAGAAGGAAGGCGAGAACGAGCUCACGGUACUGGCGCACCUGGACAGCAUGAAGCGAGUGUCCUUGCGCUUCCAAAAGUACUUCUACGGUCCCAUUGACGGCACACCGUUCUCGCUGGGAAUCGCCCUGCCCGAUUCGUAUGGUGUUCACGAGCUGAACGCCCAGCAGGAGAUCCGGCAUUCCCACAUCAAUGUGACCGAGCACUUCAAGGGCAGCAACUGGAAGGUCCAUCCCGACUGGGUGUACUGUGAGUACAACAGUCUGAAGGACGAGGAGAACGGUGGGGAGGGUGCGCCGGACCUGUCCACCUAUCGGGAUAAGGACGAGAGCUUCGAUACGCCCGAGGAACAGGUGCUCCACUUUUUGGCCCGCGUCGGCAGGCCCGGCUGGAAGUGGAUGUCGGUCCGGCCACGGUCGCCGCAGCCGCACCACAGCCACGGGGGCAUCCCGGUCGGCCAUUACGCUCAGCAUCACUUCAACUCGCAGGGAUCGCGCAAAGCCGAGCCCUACUACUGCGACAGGACGCUCGUGCAGAGCCUGGUCCGUGACGCCAUCGUCACCGACGGGCUGGACCGGGCUCCGAGCCACCCGGCCCGGAAGGAGGACCGAAGCCCCAUUGCCACGUUGAUGGCUUUACUGCACAGCCGGCUCGGGUUCAGCAUGUUCAGUGUGAAGACCACGUUUGUGGCCACUCGAUCGGGACUGUUGCGCUGGAUAGAUCACUUGCCCCACUCGGAGGACUCGUCGGAACCGCACUUCAGUGAGCUGAACGCCCGCGCCAUGGACAUGAGCUGGUACAAGCGGGCCGUAGACCUGUACGCCACCGAGCCGGAAGGAUUCGUGUUCAGUGUCCCGUUCAACUCAGGAUACUCGGGCAAAAACAGCUCCACGCUGGUGACCGCAAGCCACGCCAUUUUCAUCGAUCACCGAGGCCACCGGGCACCGGCGGCCGUCGUGGGACUCCAAUUUCUUCACGAAUCGCUCUUCAAGCACUUCAUCAACAUCACGUCGAAGUGUACGGCAUCGACCACUUGCAAGAAGAACUGCGCCUCGGACGAACUGGACUGCUAUCUGCUGGACGACAACGGGUUCGUGAUACUAUCAGAACGGAGCGAGCAUACGGGCAAGUUCUUCGGUCAGAUCGACGGCACCAUCAUGGACUCGCUGGUGCAGGACCGAAUCUACCGGCGGGUCGGGCUGAUGGACUACCAGGGCAUCUGCUCGGAUCGGGAUAACCCGUACACUGGAGCCAGCGAGCCCUUGAAGCCAGCCCGGCCGAUGUCCUGGCUUCUGCAGUACUUUGUCUCGUUCGCAACCUACUGGCUGUCGGUGCUGCCGACUCCGAUCGGGGCUUGGCAGAACCCGAACAAUUACUACGGCGAAGAUACGGACGGUGAGGAGGACGACACGUAUGACUACGAGCAGACGGACUACGAGUUGCCGCCAGAGCAUGGUGACGUCACGACACCGGAUUACGAGCAGCGCUCGACGCCGACUCCGCAGCGAUCACACGCCCAAGCUGGGCCACGGGUUGCCCCUGAUCCGGCCCACGCCCGGCCGUGCGACUUGAAGACGGACCUGUACGUUCUGCAGCCGGACCGGUUGAAUUCGAGUGGCCAGAACAACCCCCUGAAGGGCAAGCUAACUAACUGUCACUCGUCGGGCUGCGAGCGUCCGUUCAGCGUGCAGAAGAUCCCGAACAGCAACCUGAUCCUGCUGGUGGUGGACGUGCUCUGCCCGUGCGGCUCCAAGCAGCUGAACAUCGAGCCGCAGGAGGUGGUCGGUGGCGCCGGUGCCUGCGGCGUGCGCCGGAUGGCGAAGGAAAAGAUGCUCCGGAAGCGCCCGGGGAAGUGCAUCAGCUACCACCCGGAGGAAACCGAAAUCAAGCAGUGCGGCACCGCGACGUCCCUGUUCCGGGCGUCGCUCUACUCGACGAUAGCCACCUUCUGCGUCAUCUGGGUGCUGGCCAGCGCGUGA